UUGAUGGACACAGAACAGCGCAUGUUUGAGCCUCACCUCUGUGAUGACAACACUGUUGUGAUAAAACGGAAGCAGUCAUUUAUUUCUAACAAAAUUGCACUGACUGCUUUCAGCUGGUUCUUUCUAUUACUCUUCACACAGACCAAGUGGUUGCAGCAAUUUGAACUUAUUACUGCAAUCUUAACGUCGGAAACUUUCAGUCAGAUCCUAUGCUUUAUUUAUACAUCUAGAGUUAAUGUGAAUGUAUAUGAUGUACAGGAGGUGGUAAAAAUAGUUAGGGUGCUUCUGAUGAGUAACGUUGUCAACUCUUGCAAGAAUCUGGUUGACAACUGCGCUUCUUAUGUUGUCGGAAUGGCCCAGGAGGGACAACAGUGCUCCCAGAUCCCUCCUCAAUUUUAUGGUGAUACUGACAGAGAACUUGAUUUAUCAACCAAGAUUUGUCCUAGAGAAGGGAAUAAAUCUUAUCUGGUGAAAGUUGAGGAUACAAUGGCAAAACGGCACUUGAAAGCUAGAGAUCGAACAUGUUAUGAAGAGAAUAAAGGAGUUGAAGUUGUUCAUGGAAUGAAAGGAGACGCAGAAGAUUCUGACUCCGAUGACCAAGGAUCCUAUAACCGAGAGCAAAUUAUUGUUGAAGUGAACCUUAAUAAUCAGACUUUACAUGUGUCUAAAGGGACUGAAGGUGUUACUUCACAGUCUGAAAAAUCAGCUAUGGUUGACUCGAGUGAUGGAGAAAAUGAUGAAGGGGAUGAGGAUGAUGAUGAGGAGGUGGAUGACGAGGACGAGGAUGAUGAUAUUGACAUAGAAGAUGAUGGACAAGAUGACGAGGAAAUAGAAGAUAUCAAACACAGAAAACCUAAGGAAAUGACCAGAUUGAAAACAACGGAGGCAACUCUUUCAAGGGAAUGUGCAAAGAUUCAGCUGCCCGAGCAGAGAAAGAGAAAAAAUAAAAUGUCUAAAUCUUCAACCCGGAAAGAAAAACAGAUAGAAGAAAAACAGAACCUCACUUGUGAAAAAUGUCCCAGAGUUUUCAACAAUCGUUGGUAUCUUGAGAAACACAUGACGGUCACUCACAGUCGCAUGCAGAUAUGUGAUAAGUGUGGAAAAAAAUUUGUGUUGGAAAGCGAACUUGUUCUUCAUCAACAAACUGAAUGUGAAAAGAAUAUUCAGUGUGUUUCCUGUGGAAAAUGUUUCAAGAAACUGUGGUCUCUGCAUGAACAUAUAAAAGUUGUUCAUGGCUUGGCUGAAAAGAAAUUCUCCUGUGAGAUUUGUGAGAAGAAGUUCUACACAAUGGCUCAUGUUCGAAAACACAUGGUUGCACAUACAAAGGACAUGCCAUUCACCUGUGAAACAUGCGGCAAGUCUUUCAAACGCAGUAUGUCUUUGAAAGUCCAUUCUCUUCAACAUUCAGGAGAAAAACCUUUCAAAUGUGAGAACUGUGAUGAAAGAUUUCAAUACAAGUAUCAGCUCCGCUCUCACAUGAGUAUUCAUAUUGGUCAUAAACAAUUUAUGUGCCAGUGGUGUGGCAAGGAUUUCAACAUGAAACAGUAUUUUGAUGAGCACAUGAAGACUCACACUGGUGAAAAGCCAUUUAUUUGUGAAAUCUGCGGAAAAAGUUUCACAAGCAGACCAAACAUGAAGCGCCAUCGCAGAACCCACACGGGAGAGAAACCAUACCCUUGUGAUGUUUGUGGCCAACGUUUCCGAUUCUCCAACAUGUUGAAAGCUCACAAAGAGAAGUGUUUCCGAGUCACCAGUCCAGUCAAUUUCCCUCCCAAUGUUACCACUGCCUCUGUCGCCAUGACAACCACUUCUUCGCCUCCACCAGUCAACAUAAGCUCGCACAGUUCUCUUCCUCCACGACCAAUGCCCCAUCCACUUUCUCAUCUACAUCUUCAUCCCCAUCACCAUACACUUUCAAUUCCUACUGUUGCUCACCUUCCACCACCACCCGCCCUCUUCAAUGUUGAAGGUGUGAAUCACAGAUGUCAAAACGAGAUCACUUUCCUGCAACAUAUUUCUGAAAAAAAUACUGCUGCUGGUGGAAGCCACCAUCAUUGAGAACUCAAUAUUUUUACUUUCCACUUAGCGGCGCUGAAGGUUCGGUGAUUCUCCUGUUAACUGUGCACUAAGCAGCAAAAGACUGAGUAAUCAUGGUGAACUACAAAGAUUAUUUUUAUUAAAUUUUAAUGUACUUAUUCCAAAUAUACAACUAGCCCACUGAACAGCAAAUCAUGUUUUAGUUAAUAAUUCCAUAGUGUAAAAUAACUGAGCUGUCCUUGUACAGUGAACUAAGGGCUUAACCUUUUUAAUUCAGAUGUAACCAGUUUUGUCACUUCAUAUCUGUUGUUAAGAUAUGUAUUUUUAUCUUGGAUUAUAUUAUUUGCAUUAAGAAAAUAUGCUUAUUCUUUUGCAUUGAUUAAAUAUUGUGGGAAAUUUUAAUCCUUUAAAUUAAAUAAUCUCAUUCUCUUGUGUUGUAUAAGAGAAUUAUAUUAUCACUGUGCUGCAAUGAUUUUUGAAGCUAACAAUUAAGACUGGUAAAUGUCUAGUCUAACCUGUCCAUUUGAAGCAUUAUGGAGAAGUUCUGUUAAUACAUGUUUUUUAUU